CUGUCCCGGUGCUGUCACUCAUCCUCCACCAGAAACAGGCUGACUCAAGUAAUAGUUAAAGCGAAUAUACUUCUAGCAUUACACUGGAGGCAGGAGGUUUGUUGACUGCUAACAUUUGCGCUGUGAGCUUUGGCGGGGAUUAACAAGUCACAGCCUACUUCUCCCCUCUUCUCACUGUGGUAAACUGAAGCUAAAACUAGCCAAAGCUAAGCUAGCGACUAGGUCAGUGCACUGUGGGUCAAACCGGAAACAAGAACGGACUUGGAACCACCAAGACAGCAACGAAGGACAACAGAAGUAACAGAACCUGGGAAAAUGUAUAGUACUUGUAUUUUCAAGCUGCUUCAUGCUGGAGAUAUGCUAAUUGUGAACUGAUGUUCCCGGGACGGUCGUAUGGUAAAGUUCUUAACAUUUUACCUCUGGAUGCAGUAAGAUUACCCAUUAUCAUCCCUUUGACAAGACAAUUUAUGGAGACUAUGACCCAUAUUCAGCUCGUGAUGGCUCCUACAGAAUAUCGAGGUGCAACAGGGAUUGAUGUGACAGACAGGAUACCCACUCUUGCUCUGGAUUGCCUGAGCACCAUGUUUGUGGUUAUAGCCCAUCACCCAGGCCAGGGACUACACAGGCUGUGGUUGCUCCUUGACAGCCAAGAGGACAGACAACAGUCCCAACACUCUCCAAGUCCUGGACAUGUGCGCUUCCAUUCCCCUUCACACACUAAUCCACACAAGGUUUUAAACAGAACCCAAAGAAAUCUGCAGUCAAGUGUAUGCGACACAUUGUUUCACAUGAUGGACUGGCGCUUGGACCCUGUCAGUGGCUGCUGCAUAUAUGAAUGGCCUGUUCCAAGAUCACCAUUUGAGGACCCUGUGGUCCCGGAGGACACAACACCCCCCCACAGGAUGAUGCUGGUUCUCCAGUUAAACUGGACAUUCCUCCUCUGCCUCCAACUGCCAACCGCAGGACAUGUUGGCGCAGCCUUCUUCCAUGGCCGGCACGCCAGCCCAUGUUGGUUCAUUGGACAAAGACAGUUCUGUCGUGCAGACAGCCUACCCAGGGCUGAGCGUUUCCAACUGUAAGCUGGGCUGGUUGAUGUACAACACCGCA